CUGUGGACAUGGAUGGAAGAUCUGCAGAAGGAGCUCUUAGAGGAUGUCUGUGCUGACUCUGUGGAUGCAGUUCAGGAGCUUAUCAAACAGUUUCAACAGCAACAAACAGCCACCUUGGAUGCUACCCUCAAUGUUAUUAAAGAAGGGGAAGAUCUAAUCCAACAGCUCAGGGACUCAGCCGUUUCCAACAAUAAGACUCCACACAAUAGCUCCAUCAGCCACAUCGAAUCCGUCCUUCAGCAGCUCGACGAGGCCCAGGUACAGAUGGAAGAGCUCUUCCAUGAGAGGAAGAUUAAGCUAGACAUUUUCCUUCAGCUCCGGAUUUUUGAACAGUACACCAUUGAGGUUACAGCAGAGUUAGAUGCCUGGAAUGAAGACCUGCUGAGACAAAUGAAUGAUUUUAAUACUGAAGACCUCACUCUGGCUGAGCAGCGUUUGCAGCGUCACACCGAGCGGAAGUUGGCCAUGAACAAUAUGACCUUUGAAGUCAUCCAGCAAGGGCAAGAUUUACACCAAUACAUCAUGGAGGUCCAGGCUUCAGGCAUUGAGCUGAUCUGUGAAAAAGACAUUGAUCUUGCGACACAGGUUCAAGAACUGCUGGAAUUCCUUCAUGAGAAACAGCAUGAGCUGGAACUUAAUGCUGACCAAACUCACAAGAGGUUAGAGCAGUGCCUACAGCUCCGGCACCUACAGGCUGAAGUCAAGCAGGUGCUUGGCUGGAUCCGGAAUGGUGAAUCAAUGCUGAAUGCAAGCCUUGUCAAUGCAAGCUCCCUCUCUGAAGCUGAGCAGCUCCAGCGAGAGCAUGAGCAGUUUCAGCUGGCCAUAGAGUCCCUCUUUCAUGCCACUUCCUUACAGAAGACACACCAGAGUGCCCUGCAGGUCCAGCAGAAAGCCGAAGUGUUGCUACAGGCUGGGCAUUACGAUGCUGAUGCUAUCAGAGAGUGUGCCGAAAAGGUGGCCCUGCACUGGCAGCAGCUGAUGCUGAAGAUGGAGGACAGGCUCAAACUUGUCAAUGCCUCAGUGGCCUUCUAUAAAACCUCUGAGCAG